AUGGAACAAUAUCAAGAACUGGAACAUAAAGCUGCUGGUCACGAUGGUACUCUAACGGACACCGAUGGCACGCUUAUAUUCAAACCUUUAAAUCAACGGGAAUUUGCCUUCUACCAGUCGGUGCAGAAUGGGGUGGAACACUCAGAACGACAGGAUCAGGGGGAUAUUCCAUUGGAGUCAUGGAUGCCCGUGUUUCUUGGCGUGUUAAAUGAGGGGAAGAACUUGUCCUCAGAUGAGAAAGUCACGGUAAUUACGGAUGGGUCUAGCGUUCAUUUGGAUACUAAGGUCACUCCGGCAGGUGAUGUCCCAUCCCAAAAGUAUCUGGUCUUACAGAACUUGCUGGCUGGGUUUAACAAACCCAAUGUUUUGGAUAUUAAGUUAGGGAAGGUUCUCUAUGACAGCGAUGCAUCUGAUGCCAAAAAACUGAGGAUGCAAGAAGUUUCAAAAACUACAACCUCAGGUUCUUUAGGCUUUAGGAUAUGUGGUAUGAAAAUUCAAAGAAACUCUAGAUGUAAUGAUGUUCUCAAGGAUGAGCACUUCGAAGCUGGGGCUUCCGAUGAUGAAUACAUAUUUGUGAACAAAUUGCUCGGGAGGUCGCGCACUAAGGAGGACGUUAAAGAUGCCAUUGACAUGUUCUUUGCUCAUGACUCGCUCUCCGUAGAAAGGAGGAGGCAAUUGAAAGUUAUGUUUCUGAAAAGACUGCAAUUGUUCUUCAACACCUUGUUGGAUGAAAAUGUGAGGAUGAUCUCCAGCAGCCUCCUCUUCGUCUACGAGGGUGACGUGGCAAGGUGGGAUGAGGAACAGGAUGCGGAUACCAUUCUCAAUGAAAGUUUUAUGCAAGAAGAUAGCAGCGAUGAGGAAGUCGAGACCCACCCCGACUCAACAGGGAGCACGCCACAGAAAACUGCUGUGCCGCUGAGCUCGAUGUCUCUAAUAGACUUUGCCCACUCAAGAGUGACUCCGGGAGCCGGAUACGACGAAAACGUCGUAGAGGGCGUGGAGAGUCUUUUGGAGAUAUUCACCGACAUUGCCAAAUGA